GUCAUCGUCAACGGUGUUUGCAACGCUCUUUGAAGUUAUAACCAUUGGCUACGAAAAAAAGCUAUGGAAUAACUCUAUAUCACAUGAAUUAUUAUUACAGCACCUUAACUUCAGUCCUUUAGAGCAAUACGGCGUCCUGCUGUGCUUGAUUCGAGCUAGCAACCAUGCCGCGCAUCGCAGCCUUGUGCUCGGUGCUUUCAUUCUUUUACCUCUCUUACUUUCUUCCUCUACAUGCCCCAUCUGGAUAUGCGCGGCAGUAUUGCGUUACAAUUACAUUAAUUGCGUGUCUCAUCUCAUACACUACCAACCGAUUUGGACAAUCUCUUCUGAGAAAAAUCGAAGGCCGUUCAUUUCACGCGCGCGGCCAAUACACCAAGGACCUAUCAUUGCUCAAUGGAAACAGGCAUGACACCCGUCGUCGACGACAGUCUGAGGCUCCAGAGUAUGUGGCCAAUGAGCCUUCAAAGUAUGCCUGGGUCAUUAUUGUAGUCAUUCUCAGUCUACGCUGGGAAAUCUUCGCAUGGCUGAGCUACAUGCAGCGAUGCAGCAGCCCUGGCGUCGGCUCGUUUGUAGGUUUGCUUCUUCUGACACAUCAUGUCAUCACGGCAGACAUUCAGAAAGACGACGGAGAUGACGACGAUAUGGACGAUCCAUGGCGUUCAAUAUUUGAUGAGUUGCGCGAUUGGCUGAGUACCGGCCGCAUUCGGCUCAUUGGUGGUAUGGUCAGCAGCGCUUUGUUCUGUACUGGCACGUUUUUGGCGUUGAAUCAGGUCACAAGAUCAUCUUAUAUCUGUUUAUCUGGCUCUGAUAUGCCCGUCAUCACAGUCAUUUGGCAAAUUAUCGCCCUGUUUCUGGAUGCAUACGUCGCGGUUGCGGCGUGGCGCCUACUUGUUUGGAAAGACUCCAUGCAGGGUCGGAUCCAAACGAGUAUCCUCAUAGCGGGUGUUGCUGCUACCAUUAUCUUUACUUUUGGCUUUUUGAAAGCUCAAUCUUGGACUCAGUAUACGCACUUUCAGGGCAUGUCACUGCUCACUCUUCUAUUGGAUGGUGCUGUUCUUGCCGUCAUGCUUAUUUGUUCGAUGAUAUGGACCUGCGAUGCUUCGCCUCUGCUACCAGUCAAUGUCGUCACCAUUAUUACCGGAGUUGCAGCCAGCUCGAGCCACUUGAUACAUUCUGGAGAUUGGUUACAUCUAUCAGCUUCCGACGCCUUGCUUUUACUAUGGAUUGUAAUACCCGCAGCUAUAGCGUUUGUGCAUUUUCUCACCGUCAAAAUAUUUGUCGUCGUACGCCAGGCGUCGUUCACUGCCUUGUUUGCCAUGCUUCUCUUGGCUGCAUCAGUGUUCUCAGUAUUCCGACAUGCCCCAAUUUACAACGAGCGACAUCCUAUUAAUGAUCUAAUGUGGGAAGCAUCACAUAAGCAAUCAAGCUGGAGAAUGCGGGCUACAACCAGCUUGACGCAUGAGACAGCUGUGAGAUUCUAUAAAGAGACUCACAAAGGGCGUAUACCACCUCCUGGGUUUCGGGAGUGGUUCAAAUUUGCAGCCCAAUCCGCAGUGAUUGACGACUUCACACAGCUCGAUAUUGACUUAGAACCAUUUUGGGGGAUUUCACCCCAAGAACUACGGCGCCGAGUCGACUUAGCCAUUGAACAGCCUAGUGUAGCAAAGGUUACCAUUGAGAAGGGCAAAGCUUCUUGGUCAGUAGCAGACGCUAACACGGCCACUAUUUUAACUCUGGACCAUCUGAUCUCCCAAAUCAACAACUUCUCGACGCAUCUGCCUGACAUGACGAUACCGAUAAACCUCGACCGCAUGCCGAGAGUAUUGCCAGAGGCAGCUGAGAUAUGGGCAAAGGUGGAUGUGCAUCAGCAUCUGACGGCUGAUUCCGUACGUUGGGCGCAUCGUAACGCUUGUCUUCAUCGUGGUCAGCCGCUCUCGCAAUCUUACUACGAAAGUCCUGCUGAACUUUGUGUCGAUUGUGAAAAGAGGCAUUCUCAACAACAUCUGUUUGGGUCUCAUGCGUGGCUACAGUCCCUUGAGCUGUGUUCGCAACCAGAUUUACUAGACCUCCAUGACUUUUUCAUCUCGGAACGGACCCAUCCCACCAUCACCCAGCUCUUGCCAAUAUUCAGUGCGGCAAAGACAGACAUGUUCAGCGAUAUUUUGAUCCCGUUGACACCACCACAGCAAACAUCAGAGACCCAAAAGACCUUUCGAGAGCGCUCAUCGGAUCUGUUUUGGCGUUCUGGCAUGAACUUGUCUGCUCUACCGCCUAAAGCCUUCCGAGGUGGGCACAAGUCUCGUCUUCUGCAUCUUCUGAACGAGCCGGCUGCGCAUGAUAUGACUACUAUGAUCACGCGCACAAAGCAAAAGGAAGUGCAGUAUAGAUAUGAAAAGAUGGCAACAUCUCACGCAAGCUGGCUGGUACCAACAAAUGUGAAGGCUUGGUUGACGCCAAAAGCCGGGUGCCAAGGACUGGGUUGCCAGUUUGUUCCCGAGGCAUGGACGGCUGAACCAGCGGAUGUAACGGAUCACUACGCGACACAGCACACCCUUCUACUGGAUGAGACUGAUGGCCCAUCAGAUCUAACUUUGGGGGCUCUCCAGGCAGAUACUGUUCCGUUCAUAUCGACGAUCUUCCGCACAUGGUAUACUGGCCGUAUCUGGCCAUGGGUUCACUUUGUUCCCAUUGACCCGAGGUAUCAGGCACUCCAUAGCACGUUGGCAUAUUUUGCCGGUAAAGGCGAAGUUAAGCCCAGCGAUGGGCCUGGACAAGCAGAUGGCGCAUCGAUUGCAAGGGAAGGCUCGCAUUGGGCUCUCAAGGCCCUUGACCUGAAAAGUCAGCAAAUCUACCUUUUCCGCGCUUUGCUAGAAUGGGCACGACUCGUGAGUGAUGAUCGGGAUCACUCUGCCUGAUUAACAGACAAGCCACCUCGGAGAACUUUUAGACCGGCGGCAACCAAGUAAUUACUCCAAGGUCGGCGGAGCAGACCCCUGUAGAUGCCGUUAUCAGCGGAGAUUGCGUAGUAUUUGGCGUCUGGACUAACGGCAGCGGCUUCGUUUGUUGGUUUAGAAAGCGCUGCAAUUAUAGAUAUGGGUAUAUUAACAACGUUACAUAGAAAUUAUAGGACGGUGGCACAUUGCUGCUGGACUUGCCCGGCGUUGUUGCCUUAAACAUCUUUGGAUCCGCAUAUGAUAGCUCCAUCCCGAAGGAUAUAGCCGCCAGGUGAAUGUAACUUGUCUGGAAACGCAGGAUGUGGAACCUGAUUGGCGGUACAAUACCGUUUACCUGGCUGCUCGUCUUGAACCAUAGGCCCUUGGUUUAAUUGGUAUUGGGGGCGUAAGUGGUUCGGCCGAGUUCGGGCCGAACCAGCCCCUGCAGCCGCCUGUAGAAGGAUAGAAGCAUGCUAACAAUGUGUGAGUGGGGAAGGGCGAAAUGUUAGCCACGCAUUGGAAAUCCAGUUAGUUUGCGC